GCUGAGACUCGGAGCAGGAUUCCCAUCCCGGGUCCUCCCAGCCUCCGCGGGCCCCGCCCCCUGCCCCGCCCACGGUUGCCCGGGGAACCACGGGCUCCUGCAGCUGCAGGAGGCGUCCGGUCCCGCUGAGCAGCACCAGCCGCUGGCGCUGCUGCUGCUACCGCCAUCUCCGCCGCUAGCUCCGCCGCUGCCACCGCGCCCAGCUCUUCUCCAGCUCCUGAGUCCUCUCCGCCCAUCAUGCCUCCCCGCCGCGCCCAGGCGCCCGGUGCCCAGCUGCUGCCCGCGCUGGCCCUGCUGCCGCUGCUGCUCGGUGCUGGGCCCCAGGGCGGCUGCUUGGCCAGCCCGGUGCCCGCCGCGCCCCUGCCUGCUCCAGGACCGUGCGCCGCUCAGCCCUGCCAGAACGGGGGUGUGUGCACCCCGCGUUCGGUGGCCGGCCAGGAGCAUCCCGCGGCAGAUGCUGAGGCCGGUUACAGCUGCACCUGUCCCGCUGGGGUCUCCGGUACCGACUGCCAGUUUGUUACAGAUCCUUGUGUCAGCAACCCUUGUCACCAUGGUAACUGCAGCAGCAGCAGCAGCAGCAGCAGCAGCAGCAGCAGCAACGACAGCUACCUCUGCAUUUGCAAUGAUGGUUAUGAAGGUCUCAACUGUGAACAGCCACUUCCCAGUGUUCCAUCCUCUGGCUGGACAGAGUCCAUGGUACCCAGACAACUUCAGCCUGUCCCUGCCACCGAGGAGCCUGACAUAAUCCUGCCCCGCUCUCAGGCAACCAUGACAUUGCCAACCUGGCAGCCAAAAACAGGGCAGAAAGUUGUAGAAAUGAAAUGGGAUCAAGUAGAGGUGGUCCCUGAUGUUGCCUGCGGGAAUGCCAGUUCCAACAACUCUGCAGGUGGCCGCCUCGUGUCCUUUGAAGUGCCACAGAACACCUCUGUAAAAAUUCGGCAGGAUGCUACUGCUUCACUGAUCUUGUUGUGGAAGGUCACAGCCACAGGCUUUCAACAGUGCUCCCUCAUAGAUGGACGAAGCGUGACACCCCUCCAGGCUCCAGGGGGCUUGUCCUGCUAGAGGAGAUGCUGGCCUUGGGACCAAAUCACUUCAUUGGUUUUGUGAAUGAUUCUGUUGCUAAGUCCAUCGUGGCUUUGCGUUUAACUCUGGUGGUGAAGGCCAGCACCUGUGUGCCUGGGGACAGCCACUCGAAUGACUUAGAGUGUUCAGGAAAAGGAAAAUGUGCCACGAAGCCAUCAGAGGCAACUUUUUCCUGCACCUGUGAGGACCAGUACAUUGGCACAUUCUGUGAAGAAUUUGAUGCUUGCCAGAGGAAACCCUGCCAGAAUGAAGCAAGCUGUAUCGAUGCAAAUGAGAAGCAGGAUGGAAGCAAUUUCACUUGCCACUGCCUUCC